AUGGUGACCGGUAAAUCGCAGCCUGGCAUCGAGCCGGUGCACUUCCCCGCUGCCUCGUCCGACCCGGACCCCUCAAACUCUCCGCCGUCCAGGCGAGAUCUCGCCUCGUGGUGGAGACAGUUCAAACGGAACACGAGAAAGGAUGAUCUGAAAGAAGCCCCUCGAGGUAUUUUCGGCGUGCCGCUCAACGUCAGCAUCAAAUAUGCGAAUGUAGCGAUUUCUCUUAGCAACGAACACGGCGAAAGCUUCAUCUAUGGAUACGUCCCCAUAGUUGUCGCCAAGUGUGGCGUGUUUCUGAAGGAAAAAGCAACUGAUGUCGAGGGUAUCUUCCGCCUCAAUGGGUCCGCCAAGCGUAUCAAAGAUCUUCAGGAAAUCUUUGAUUCCCCUGAACGAUACGGAAAGGGCCUGGACUGGUCCGGAUACACGGUGCACGACGCUGCCAACGUCCUUCGCCGAUACUUGAAUCAGUUGCCUGAACCCAUCGUCCCGUUAGAAUUCUACGAGCGCUUCCGCGAGCCGCUACGCAUCUAUCAGGAGCAGGUGCUCGAUGAGAAUCAGGCGAUGGAUGCUGACAAGUUCGACCAUGCCAGGGCUGUUGAGACCUACCAGCGCUUGAUUAUUGAGCUCCCCCGCUGA